AGCGUUUGGCUGCUGGUCGCCGCAGCCCUAAUCCGCCGGCGCCAUGGCACCCAAAAAGAAGGGGAAGAAAGGCAAAGCGACAGGCACUACUGUUGUUGAUGGACUCGCUCCGGAGGACAUGAGCAAGGAGCAGGUGGAGGAGCAUGUCGGCCGAAUCCGGGAGGAGUUGGACCGAGAGAGGGAGGAGCGCAACUAUUUCCAGCUUGAGCGGGACAAGAUCCACACCUUCUGGGAGAUCACUCGGAGGCAGCUGGAGGAGAAGAAGGCCGAGCUGCGAAAUAAAGAUCGGGAGAUGGAGGAGGCAGAGGAGAGGCACCAGGUGGAGAUCAAGGUGUACAAGCAGAAGGUAAAGCACCUGCUAUAUGAGCACCAGAACAACCUGACUGAAAUGAAGGCUGAGGGCACCGUGGUCAUGAAGCUGGCACAAAAGGAGCACCGCACACAAGAGGGCGCACUGCGCAAGGACAUGCGGGCGUUGAAGGUGGAGCUCAAGGAGCAGGAGCUGGCCAAUGAAGUGGUGGUGAAAAACCUCCGGCUGAAACACACUGAGGAGAUCACCAAGAUGCGGAACGACUUUGAGAGGCAAGUUCGAGAAAUUGAGGCCAAGUAUGAUAAGAAGAUGAAGAUGCUGAGAGAUGAGCUUGACCUACGGAGAAAGACUGAGAUCCAUGAAGUGGAGGAGAGGAAGAACGGCCAGAUCAAUACGCUGAUGCAGCGUCACGAGGAGGCCUUCACUGACAUCAAGAACUACUACAAUGACAUCACGCUCAACAACCUGGCCCUCAUCAACUCCCUCAAGGAGCAGAUGGAGGACAUGCGGAAGAAGGAAGAGCACCUGGAGAGGGAGAUGGCAGAGGUGUCCAUGCAGAACAAGCGGCUGGCAGAGCCUCUCCAGAAGGCACGGGAAGAAAUGAAUGAGAUGCAGAGGAAGCUUGGGUACUACGAAAGGGACAAGCAGAUCUUGGUUUGCACAAAAGCACGUUUGAAGGUUACUGAGAAAGAGCUGAAAGACCUGCAGUGGGAACAUGAGGUGCUGGAGCAGCGGUUCAUCAAGGUGCAGCAGGAGAGGGAUGAACUCUACCGGAAGUUCACUGAUGCCAUUCAGGAGGUGCAGCAGAAGACGGGCUUCAAGAAUCUGAUGCUGGAGCGUAAGCUGCAGGCACUGACUGCUGCUGUGGAGAAGAGGGAAGUGCAGUUCAACGAGGUGCUGGCAUCGUCCAACCUGGACCCUGCAGCGCUGACGCUUGUGUCCCGUAAACUGGAGGAUGUUCUGGAAUCAAAGAACACCACCAUCAAGGACUUGCAGUAUGAGCUGGCCCGUGUCUGCAAGGCCCACAAUGACUUGCUGCGCACGUAUGAGGCGAAGCUGCUGGCCUUCGGAAUCCCCCUGGACAAUGUGGGCUUCAAGCCCCUGGAGACAGCUGUGGUCGGGCAGACGCUGGGUCAGGGCCCUGCAGGACUCGUGGGUACCCCGACGUAGUCACCAUCCUGGGGCUGCAGCCCAUGGAGCCCGCCUGGCACCACUUUCUAGGUGACACCCCUUUCAUCCCAAGGACAGAAUGUUUUGUUUGUAACUUCAUCAUCAGAAAAUGAAGGUUUUUCCACAUUUCCUUU